AUGAGCCAGUCAGUCAGUUCGCCUGUCCAUCCGGCCGUCGAGUCGAGUUGGACGUUGAGACAAGCUUGCUCACGUGAUGCUGAGAAGCUUUUCUGGAGAAACGAUGUUGCGGGAUGGCUUUCCGGGCGGAGUUGCGAACCGCCUGAUGCAAGCUUGGCCUCCUACAUAAUUCUUUAG